GACCUGGUGUUGGUGGAGGAGGAAGUGGACUUUGUGUACUUCUUAGUACUUAACAUCUAACCAUACAACACCGACAGAUGAUUGUUAUAUUCAGUCUGCCUCUGUGUUAUUAUAUUGUGCUAUGAUAGUACAGCGGACUUUGGAAUCGUAGGUACCCACAACUAACGCGGUGUUUGUGCAUUUCGUUUUUGUGAUUGUAUUAUUAUUUUUAUUUGAUUUUCGAACUGUGUAAGGACGAUCGUCGAUGGUGUACAAAAACGGUAUACGUGCACAUUAUAAAUCAUAUUAGUGAUUUUUAUUGUUACCUUUUGAUUUAUAACGACGGAACCUCCGCGCCGCCACUGUAAUCAUCAUCGUUUUGAACCCAAAAUCGACAUUGUUUACUCCCUUUAUCGUGGUCGCCCGCCACUGUUCUGUUUGGUUAGUUGCGUUUUCGGGAAAUAGAUAUUAGAAGUUUUUGAUGUUUCUCUGCUACAACGCCCUGAACGCAAUCAUAUUUUAAACCACCGUGGUCAAGAAGCUCUUUCUACACCCGAGUUAUCUGUAAUGGCAUGACUGCACAUGUAUUGUUGGUUUGGGAAAAUUUACUUUAACUGAUUUGGAUUUCAACAGCCAUACAAAUAUGAAUUAACUGACCAAAAACAAUACUAUGAUUUUCCUUUUUAUUUUAUUUCAAACUUUAUUUGUUUAGUAGUCAGUAAAAAAUAAUUUCAAUAUGGCUGCACACUGUUUCGAUCCCAACAAUAAAGCCAGUUGGUAUUUUGGCCAAAUGUCACGUAUUGAAGCUUCUGAUUUAUUAAUGGGCGAACGAGAAUGUGGGACAUUUUUAAUUAGAGAUAGUCUCAGUAUUCAAGGAGACUAUGUUUUAUGUGUGAGGGAAGAUAGCAAAGUUAGUCAUUAUAUUAUCAAUAAAAUACAAGAAAAUAAUGAAACAAAAUAUCGAAUUGGUGAUCAGAUGUUUGCUGAUUUGCCUAGUUUAUUAGCAUUUUAUAAAUUACAUUAUCUUGAUACCACUCCUCUUUUGAAACCUGCUGUUAAGCCGAUAGAAAAAGUUGUUGCUAAAUAUGACUUUGUUGGAAAUGAUCAAGACGAUUUACCAUUUAGAAAAGGAGACAUUUUGACAAUUCUUGUAAAAGAUGAAGAACAAUGGUGGACAGCUAAGAAUAUAAUGGGUCAAAUGGGUUCAAUUCCAGUUCCAUACGUACAAAAAUAUGAUGGAAAUCCACCAUUACCAAUAAAAGACAAUAAUCAAAUUCCUGGAUCUAAUAAUGAGUCAACCUUAAGGAGGUCUAGUCUUCAAAAAAAAUUGCCUGCUCUAGCUAGAGUUAAACAAGUUCGAGUACCAAACGCCUAUGACAAGACAGCAUUAAAACUUGAAAUUGGAGAUAUAAUCAAAGUAACAAAAACUAAUAUUAACGGUCAAUGGGAAGGAGAACUAAAUGGUAAAACUGGACAUUUUCCAUUUACUCAUGUCGAAUUUGUGGAUUCUGAAAUGAAUGAUUGUAUAAGUGACAGUUAACUUUUACAUUUUUUUUUUUUAUAUAUAUAUAGCUUCUUAGUUUUCUUAGUUAUUAUUUAAUUAUUUUUAAAAUAAGUCUUGCUAAUGGCAACUAACUAGAUAGGUUAAUAUAGAUAUAUUUUAUUAUAAUGAAUCAUUGUAUGUUAAUUCAUUAAGAUAGAGUUUUAUCUACUUAAUUGAAAGAAAACAUGUAUUAGACAACUUUAUAAUGUUCAGAGAUAUUGAACUAAUAUGUAAAAUAUACCUAAUUGCAUAAAUUGUUAAAUAAAGCAAUAGCAAAUGAAACAUAUCAAAAUCAAAUUUUAUUAAUAUGAAUCAAAGAAAUAUUUAUCCAUAAAUUAAGGCCAGUAAAACUGAAUAACUUUUGAUUUUGAACUAUUAGUCUUUGUUUAAAAAAUAACCGAUCAAUAACUAGAUAGACAAUAUAAACAACCAAUUAGUUAAUUAAUGACUAACAAAAUAAAAGUUUAACUUGAGACCAACAAGUAAAUUUAAUAAAUAGUUAUUAUUAUGGUAUUUACUGAUGAAAAUAUAUUUUACAUUUAUUCUAUAAAUAUUCUAUAUCUAUAUGCCAUAAAUCUCAAAUGUCGAUUUUUAAAAUUAAAGUAGAUUUAUAUUAAUCAUAAGACAUAUAUAAUAUUAUAAUAACAUGACUUUUGACCAAAAAUACUGAAACUAUUGACAUAGUGAUUAUUUCAGUAUAAACUGUUUAUAUAAUAACUUUAUUUUUUUUCAUUUGUUAAAAAGUUUAUUUUUUUAACAUUUAAAUUUAUGACAGGUCAUUUAAAAUGAUAUAAAUAUAAAAUAAUGCUUAAAUCUUUGUUGCAAAUUCUAAAUGUUUAUAUUAGUGUUGUUUGUUAAGCACUAUGGUUUUGAGAAAUUAUCAAUUAUUGCGUUUUCUCACAAUGUUCACUUAUUUUGUUUUAUCAAUACUUGUAAAAAUAACCUGUGUUGUAGGAUAAAUGUUUUUCAAUGAUAAAAAUGCUAUAAAAAAUACUAUACAUCCUUAGGUAUUGAUUCUGUUAGAUCAGUUUGUUAAGGUUUGAUGCCAUUUAAUAACUAAAAUCUUGAAAUAAAUGUAAAAAUUGAAGUUUCUAUUUUGUCUAUAGCAUAAUAUUUAAUUACAUGAUUCAAAAAAGGUAUUAAGUGUAAUAUAUAUUUAUAUAUGUAUUAGUAGUUCUGCAUUAAAGCUUACUAAUCUGAUUAACUUUUUAACAUAAAUGUAUAAAUUUAUGCCUCAAAAUGUUUAUAAAAGUUAACUAGCAACAUUUUAAUUAUUUACUAUUGUAUUGGAAUUUGUAUUUUUGGCGAUUGUAAUUAUUAUUAUUAUUUUUAUACAUACACUUAUAUAUAUUACCCUUGGAAUUGUUGGCUAUUAGCUUUUUUUUUAUUAUAUAUACCUUAACUCACAUCAAUUUACAUUUUUUUAUAUGUAUACAUGGUUUACAAUAAUUUAUCUAGUUUUGAGUUGUUAUAGAUGAUAAUCAGCUGUUGUGUGUUGUCUGGGAUUGAGGGCUUCCAACAGAAUACUGAAAAUCUCUCUCUUUGUCUGAUUGUAAUUAUUAUAGAUAAACAAAAAUUUACCAUUUUUUUUUUUUAAUUUGUUGUAAAUAAAAAUGUAAAACCAACAACCUAGACUGUUAUAUAAGAGAAUAAUAUAUCUGUUCUUAUAUUUCUC